CAUAACCUAGCGCGUUCCUUCCCUGCUUAGUAUCAUAACCUAGCGCGUUCGAACUUCCCUGCUUGGUCGUCGCGCUAGUUGAUAACUCCGAUGGAACCACUCAAGGGUGCCUGUUUCUGCGGCGCUAUUUCGUAUGCACUCGCCGACGAGCCCGUCCUGCGCGCUUUCUGCCACUGCACCAACUGCCAGCGUCUUACAGGCUGUCCGUUCGUGCACACCAUCCAUUUUGAUGCUGCGAGUUUUUCCUGGACGCAUCUCGCAGAGCCUGUCGGUGUCUCUGAUCCCCGUGCAAUGGACAUGUUAGAUUCUUACGUCAUCCCAUCGCGGGCGCACAAGACGCGCUUUCGCUGCAAGACGUGCGGCGCGUGCGUCGCGAAUCGCAAUGGGCGUACGGGGCGUGUCAGCGUGUGGGGCGCGCACCUCACGCGCGACGAGCAGGGGAAGAUCCUGCAGUGGGAGCGCGUGCGCCCGACGGCACAUAUCUUCUAUGGGACGAGGAUGCUGGAUGUGACUGAUGGGCUGGGAAAGUGGGAGGGGUAUGAAGGACGGUCGGAGAGGAUUCUGGAGAGUUGAGGCCUGAGGUGUGGUACGGGCCAAAUUGUGCCUGGGCCAAUGGCUCCCUGGGAGAAAUCGGUCAAGUUUGUGGACAGUAACAGCACCAAAGGGAAUUGGGUAUAUGACCAGCUAGAGCUGCGAUGCGGGGGAAGGGGGGGGUUGCUGAGGCCUUGGGGGAUCUCGAGCAUCCCGGCAGAGAUAUGCAUCAUUCCUGACACAUUUUGUUGUCAUUUUUUGCAUUCUGUUGUACGGACAUGAACUGCUUAAAUGAGAUUGCACACUAUGAGG